AUGCAUUUGCCGCAAUAUCCUUGCAUCACCGAGGCGAUGCUGCAGAACAUCGUAAAACGCACCGGGAUGGACGAACUUGGCGACACCAGCUCCCUUCUCCUCCACGGAAUCCCCGCCGACUCUGGUAUAGGCCACUUCGAAUAUUUUGUGCUCUUCAUCGCUCUAGCGAUAUCGGCUAUGACCCUGACCUGGAAAGCUGAAGACCAGGCAAGAGCUGCCUCGGAAUCCUUCUUUAACUCUGCAUUGAAGCAUUUGCAGGUCCUUGAAGAACAGAGUGAGAUAAAAUCACUUCAGAUUUCUCUUCUUCUCGCCCACUAUGCACACAUGUGCCCAGAGAGGGUUGAUAACUGGACUUGUAUCUCUGAUGCUGUGAGGAUCGUUCUCAAUCUUGGCCUUCACAGGGAAUGCACUGAAAAUAUUGACCUUGAGCAUCGCCGGCUCCGCGCGGAAUUAUUUUGGGUUACUUAUGGGAUGGAGCGGUCAUUGUGUACUAAUCUACGCCUCCCUCUUUCAUUUCCAGAAGAAGCUAUCACAACAAAGCGCGAGCUGUUUGUUGAAGAAGGAUUCAACUCUCUUUUUACGAAUGAGGAUUUAUUGAGAAAGUCAGCAUCCAGCCACAUUUGCCUCUACCGAGCCUUGGAGACGGAGGUGCAUAGGGUCCUGCACCUCGAGGACACCCUUCUUGAGAGUAGUGGCAUGAGUAUCGAAGCUUGGAUCAUUGACAUUAACACACGCCUGGGGACUUGGUAUGAGGCGGCACAGGUUUACACUCAAUACGGGAUGCUUGAAUUCAAACAUGUGCAGUACCACCACCUACGCGCGAGGAUUCAUCGCCCGACGCCACGCCUUAUGAAUCGCACGAAUGAGGAUCGCGAGCAGGUACUCCAAGCGGCGAUUGUUUUGAUCGACGACUACCAUGGCCAAGAGAGCCGACGAAGGCUAUUUUACCCCUGGCACGGUGUCCACAUACUGUUCGAAGUUGUUGUUAUCGCCUUGGAGGCUUGCUGGACGUUGUACAAUUGUCACGUAAUACACCCCCUCGCCGAGGAACUUCUCAAGAGCCGCAUUCCGCAAUGCCUCCAGAUGUUUAGAAACAUAGGCGAACGCUGGAAUGAGGCAGCGGCAUGUGCUCAGCGACUUCAACCGCUUCUUGAGAGAAUCACUGUGUGGUAUUAUCCUGGCAGUGAUGAAAUUGCUGAUAAAACAUCCAUAUCAGAGGAGAUACGGAAUCUUCUUUUAUCCGAUGGCUCCCUUACGUGGAACCAGAGAGUGGCAUCGCAUAUUCAGUUGCCAGUCGAGGCAUUCCUCUUUGAUGAUGUGGAGCUGGAUAACUUCCAGUUCUUGGAAUGGGCGCCUGAGUGGGAUAUCAUGCCCACGGAUUUUGAACUAGCAUAA